UCCGGGGGACCCCGCGGGCCGCCCCCGGGACGAGACCCCCUAUGCCACCAUCGAGCCCCCGGCCCCCCGCGCCGAGCCCGCGGCCCGCAUGGAGGAAGCCGCCGCCAGCGCCAUCGUGGUGCGCAUCGGGAUCCCCGACCUGCAGCAGACGAAAUGUAUGCGGCUAAAUCCUGAUGUUCCUGUCUGGGUCUCCAAACAGCGCAUUCUCUGUACCUUGAACCACAGUCUGAAGGAUGUUCUGAACUAUGGGCUCUUCCAGCCAGCCUUCAAUGGCAGGGCUGGAAAGUUCCUGGACGAGGAGCGACUGCUGAGGGAAUACCCUCUGAAUCCAGACACUCCUGUCCCCUACCUGGAGUUUCGGUACAAGAGGCGUGUGUACACCCAGAGUCUGCUGGAUGACAAGCAGUUUGCCAAGCUCCACACAAAGGCAAAUCUGAAGAAGUUCAUGGAGUACGUGCAAAUGCUAAAUGUGGAGAAGGUCUGCAGACUGCUGGAGAAGGGACUGGACCCCAACUUCCAUGAUCCGGACACUGGAGAAUGCCCUCUGACAAUGGCAGCCCAGCUGGAGCACAGUGCCGAGGUGAUCAAAGCGCUGAAGAAUGGAGGAGCCCAUCUGGAUUUCAGGACUCGGGAGGGAAUGACAGCUCUUCAUAAGGCCAUCCGGUGCCGGAACCACAUUGCCCUGAUGACACUCUUAGACCUGGGUGCCUCCCCGGAUUACAAGGACAGCCGAGGAUUAACUCCUUUGUACCACAGUGCCAUGGUUGGAGGGGACCCAUACUGCUGCGAGCUUCUGCUUCAUGACUAUGCCAAGGUGGGCUGUGUAGAUGAGAAUGGCUGGCAAGAAAUCCACCAGGCGUGUCGCUAUGGCCAUGUGCAGCACCUGGAGCAUCUUCUCUUCUAUGGAGCUGACAUGACUUCACAGAAUGCCUCAGGAAACACGGCGCUCCAUAUCUGCGCUCUAUAUAAUCAGGAGAGUUGUGCCCGGGUCCUCCUGUUCCGUGGUGCAAGCAAAGAGAUUCGGAACUACAACAGCCAGACAGCGUUCCAGGUGGCCAUCAUUGCAGGAAAUUUUGAACUGGCUGAAAUCAUCAAAACCCACAAAGAGUCUGACGUUGUGCCUUUUAGAGAAACUCCCAGCUAUACAAAGAGGAGACGGAUCACUGGCGCAGGCGGCCUCUCCUCCCCCCGCAUGCUGCAGCGUUCUGCCAGCGACAACAAUUUGAAAGCCGAGAGCCACCCGUCCUACUCACCAGUGCCCUCGCUCCGCAGCCUGCCCCCACAGCUGCUGGCACAGAUGCAGGAAGCUGCUGUUGGGGCAGGGGUGGGGGACAGUAGCCUGGCGAGCACGGGCAGCUCCCGGAGCACUCACAGCCGCUCCCCAUCUCUGCAGCGCGUGCAGGAAGAGAAGGAGGCCGACAUGCACACACUCAGGAGAAGCAGCCGAGGCAAGGCCAGGUAA